CUCUGUAUCUGUGCUUUGUCAACCAACACCCGCUUCCGAGCAAAACACUGCUUGCUAUAAGUUCUUGCAACUUCCGAGGCCCUCAGAGUCAUCGCAACCGCCCUCCCGCCCUCCUCCCUCACUCGCCCCCCUCACUCCUCUUUAGACCUUGUCGCAGAACUCGCACCCUCCGAGUUCUCUCACUCUAUAGCAGUUUAGCAGUAUCCACCCGACCCCGCAAUGGCAAACCCAACUCCAAACGGCGAACAGGCUUCCGAGUUCGACUCCAUCGAAGACUCCAUUGAGGCUUUCCGCAAUGGAGAGUUCCUGGUAGUCGUAGACAACGAGGACCGCGAAAACGAAGGAGACCUCAUCAUAGCCGGCGAAGACUUCACCCCCGAAAAGGCCGCAUUCAUGAUCCGCUACACCAGCGGGCUGAUAUGCGUAACAGUAGCUCCAGAACGUCUCGACGAACUCCAACUCCCCUUGAUGGUCCCCAACAACACCGAAAGCAUGCGCACAGCAUACACCAUCAGCGUCGACUACAAGCACGGAACCACAACGGGCAUCUCGGCAAAGGAUCGGAGCACCACCACAAAAGCUUUGGCCAACCCGGCAUGCAAGGCGGAGGAUUUCAACCGGCCCGGUCACAUCUUCCCGUUGAAACCGGUGCGCGGAGGGACGUUGAACAGGGUGGGCCACACGGAGGCGGCGCUGGACUUUGCAAAGCUGGCUGGGAAACAGCCCGUGUCGGCUAUCUGCGAGGUCGUGCUGGAUGACGGGCGGAUGGCGCGUAGGGACGAUUUGAAGGCGUUUGCGAAGCAGUGGGGGCUCAAGAUGUGUACGAUCAGCGACUUGGUGAAGUAUCGCCAGAGGAAUGGUCUUACUGAGCAGUGGUGAUGGGAUCAUAGCAUAGAGCUGUCGUAGCGGCUGGUGUUAUCCUUAGACCAGACCAUGAACCGUUCGCUCGCCACGUCUGAUAUAAUAUAGAGGAGUCAGUCUCCGUCUGCACAUCCUUGUUCCCCGCAUCUUCACAUCCCGUCAUACGAUAAUCUCUAUCAUAGCUACUCGCACAUCCUACCCCUCGCAUUGCAUAAGUGAUCGAGACGCACGUGAAAUCGAAUAAAAU